AUGGCCAACAACAAAUUUUUCUUACUGACAUUUGCUCUCUUGGCAAUUCUCUUCAUCACGGGUUUCUUAUCAACUACCUCUACAACACCAUCGGUCGUCCAUGCUGAAUCUGUUGAAACUCUCUUUGAAGGAUCCACCGAAGAAAUGAAUUUAGAUUCUCUUUCGAGCGUCGAUGAGAGUUCACCAUCCACCGAAUCAGCAGCAACCACCGAACAACAAGACACGGAAGAAGAUGAAGAAGAAAUUGCAGCGGAAACAUUAAGUGACGAAGGAGAAGUUCUGGAUACCUUGGAUUCACUUCCAACCGAUGAAAGUGCAAAUUUUGAAAGUGUGGAUGAAGACAUGAUGGAAGAUUUUGGUGAAGAUGAUGAGGACAUUAAUGAAGGAGAAGCUUAUUAA